AUGUGUAUAGUAGCACCAAUGAAAGCAGGAAAAUCAACGAUCAUCAAUGCUAUUUUGGGUCAAAAUGUUCUUCCUUCACGUAACGCCGCCAUGACUGUCAUUCCAACCGAAGUAGUUCUUGAAGUUGCCAAACCAGGUGACAUCGUUGAGGAACCAACUCUCGUUAUGGAUAAGGAAUUGAUUGAAGAAAUUAUGUCAAUGCAACAAAGCGUUCGUUUUCAUCUCUCAACUAGUCGAACGUUGGAAGGCUUACAGAGAAAACUUCCUGAACAUACCCAUUUAGUUUCUAUUGCAGAAAAAAUCCGAGAUGCAGCUAAUAAUGGUCGUACAUUCGAAGAGAGGAUAACUGGCACUUCAUAUAUCUGGGACACACUUCAGUAUAUAAAUGAUGUUAUUCGUCUUCAUGAAAUUUUAAUGCCAGCAGAACGCUCCAAUACACAUCAUCGUUCAUUCAAGAAGUUACCGCGAAUCAUUGCGCGAUAUACAUGUUUAGGUAACGAAAGUAUGGCGCACGAAUCAUUUGGACAUUUGGUUAUCGUUGACACACCUGGACCGAAUGAAGAUAUGAGUACUAAUUUUCUGAAAGAAAUCAUAAUACGAGAAUUGAAAAGAUCUACUGUGAUACUUGUCGUCCUUGAUUACACGGCAUUUAAUACUGAAGCAGACAAAAUUAUUAAAACUGAAAUUAUGAAUAUUCGCCAGACAACUUCUGCUAGUGAUGAUUCACUUUUUGCACUAGUAAACAAAGUCGAUCAACGACGACAACGACGCGGAGAUAUGAGUAAAGCAGAAGUUCAUGAUCUUGUACGGAAUAAAUUCGAUAUUGGUCAAGCUGCUUCUGAUCAUCAAACGGCUAGUCGAGUGUUUGAAGUCCAGGCAUAUCGAGCUUUAUUGGCAAAACAAUUUUUGACUGAAGUCAGUCGCAUGGAUCCAAAUCAACAAUUUGCCAUCGAAAAUCUAGAGUCAGGUUCGGAUUUUCUACAGGAAGCGUACGGACCUAUAUAUGAUAAUGAAAAUCCACCGACCAUUCAUAAAGCCAAAGCAGAUGCACUAAAAUUAUGGCAACAAUCCGGUUUUGAAUCAUUUCUUAAUGGUGCUGUUGAGAAACUUAUCGAAAGAGCCGCACCACGUGUUAUUGAAUCGGCCUUGAACCACUGUCAAUCUAAUCUAGAUCGUUUGCAUGAAGUUUUAACUAUUAGAGAGAGACUUCUUUGGGCUGAUGAGAAAGCAUUGCGUCUGCAAAGUGAUGUACUCUAUGUUGAAAUGCAAUGUGCUCAAAAUAUUAUGGAAGAGCAAAAUGCAACUUUAGUAGAUGAACAGACAAGAAUAACUGAUUAUUUUCAAACUCAAUUCAAGCAAAUGGAGGAAAAUACUCUGAAGCAAUUGGAAGAAGUAUUUAAAGAAUACUAUCGACCUGAUCAACUCUAUCGAGCUCAUUCGGGCAACACAAAUUCGUCUAAGGAUAUCAUUGGUACAGCCUCCACGGUUAUCAUCCCCUCACCCAUUCACAAAUUCAUGCGGCGAGUAGGGACGACGAUCGAUCAUCUAGCUAAUCGGCAUGGACUUUUGAUCUUUAAGAAUGAGUACGACGGUCUCAAUUUCAUACGGAGUGUCGCUCGACAAAUUCGUGCAAUAACUGACGUAGCUCUACUUAGCAUUCGAAAUGAUGUGGAUCUCCAAUGUGAUGAAGCCUGUCUUCGACUAAAUCAUCAACUUGAAGAAAAAACAAAAGAGCUAUUAAUUGCUGCUCAGAACCAAUUAGCAGACGCUUUCAAUAUCCAGUUUCGAAAGCCGCCUAAUUUUGAUAUCAUCUACUCUAUCCCGAGAGAUUUUGAGUUAAAAUUACAAAAGAUUUUCACUCCUUGGUGGCUGUUUGGUUUGGUUACGAUUCUGUAUGAUGAUGGAUACGUAGAAGGAACAAAAUAUCAAAUCAUAAUCAGUGAGAUGAAAAACCACUUUAUAUGUCAAUUUCAGACUCAUAUGAAAGAGAUCGAAACAGAAUUGGAUCAGUAUUUAACCGAUGUACUAAACAAAAGUUUCACUCGACACUUUCAAGAGCUCAAUGAUUAUUUAGCACGUUAUCAAAACUAUGUUAAUAAGUCGAUCGAUGAUCAAGUUCGAACCAUCGCGGAAAAAAUUACACUUAAACGCAAAGUACUCGAAUUAAAGGAGCAAAUCGAAGAAAACAUGCAACUAGUAUCUGGUAUUCAUGAAUUCUUUGAAUCGCAUGAACAUCCCACAUCAGUUGAUGUUCUAUAA